AUGACGACGACGUCGUCGCGCAAAUCCCAGCGCAGACCCGCGGGCGGCGUGUUCGAGCACCUCAAGCUGGACGAGCAAAGCAGCAAGGUGUUCGAGAGCCCGGAGUUGGGGACGUGGCUUUCGUUUGUGACCACCAUGACGACGCGGAAGAAGACCCCGGACGAGUUUGCAGCCAUUUCCGUAUUGGAGAAACAGUUUUCUGGCGAUUUGGAGCUGGCUAGGGCGCUAGUGGGGGCGAAGAUCGACCCGGCGAUGAAGAACUCCAUCAACCGUAACGAGAUCCUCGAGUUACAGCAGUUGCAGUUCAAACAGUGGCUUGGAAAAGAUCUGACUCCCGACAGGUUGGAUAUGAAGUUUGCGGUGCGUCAUUUCGACAAGAGAAAUCUCGAUGUGGUUCUCGGCUACCACGACGUCUGCAAGGCCCGCAAGCCUUGA